AUGGCGCCUAGACUUCCUCCCCCACCUCAGCCAAACGAGGCUGACACUUCUACUCAUACCAGAAUGUUGGAGACAGUCAUUGACAGACUACAACAACAAAACACAACCUUAAUUGAGCAGAACGCUGCCUUGAUGAGGCAAAACCAGGAAGCAAUGCAAAGUUUGGAGGCUUCUCGUGUUCACUCUGAAGCAACGCAGAGGCAGUUGAUGGACAUUUUGUCCACUACCCGAGGCACACCAGGAGCUUCUUCUUCUAACGCUGCACCUCAUGCUGAAUGGAGCUUGGAAAGCUUCCUGCAACAUCAUCCUGCCAAGUUCAAUGGAAAGGGGCUUCCUGAUGAAGCGGAUCAAUGGUUGAGGGAUAUGGAGCGGAUCUAUGAUGCCAAAAGAUGUCCAAAUGAGAACCGUUUGGCAUUCACAGAAUACUUAUUGACUGGUGAAGCUAGUCACUGGUGGACGAGCAUGAAAGCCAUCCUGGCGGACGCGCAGAACCCCAUUAAUUGGGAGGUUUUUAGAGCGAAAUUCUAUGAAGAGUAUUUCCCAGACAGUGUACGCUUUGCUAAAGAAGUGGAGUUCCUUCAAUUGGUGCAAGGUAGUAUGUCCGUCUCGGAAUACACCAACAAAUUCAAACAUCUGGUUCGUUUUAAUACCAUGGCUACAAGUGAAGAAUGGCAAUGCAGGAAGUUUGAAAACGGUUUGAGAAGCGAUUUAAAAGUGUUAAUAUCCUACUUGUGUAUUAGAUCUUUCCCUGCCAUGGUGGAGAGAGCUAAGGUUCUGGAGAAGAACGUGGCUGAGGCCGAGCAACAGAAGAAACAGCAAUUGAAUAGGGGGCAGGUUAUAUCCAGAAACACUACGAACGUAAGAAGGUCCCCAUACGUUCGUCCAACUCAAUCAUCUGGCAGAUCACAAGCUUUGGUCACUGUUGGCCAAACUGGACAGCAAAGGAGUUUGACGUGCUAUCAGUGUGGGGGACCACAUUUGAGAUGGGCUUGUCCUCAACUUUCUGAAGGGAAACAUUGCAACAAGUGUGGGAGGAACGGACACUUGGAUCAGGAGUGCAAUGUGGGAGUACGAGCGGUAAUGAGACCGCCGAAUGCUGGAAGAGCUCAACAAGGAAGAGGUGGACGUGCACAAGCAACAGGAAGAGUUUAUGCAAUUACUGGUGCUGAAGCUGCUCGUUCAG